UUUUAAAGACAACAUUCAAAGCAGUUAGAACUCUGUUCGAAUAAAAAAACAAAAAAAAAUUUAUAUAUUUUUUAAAUAAAGCCCAACAAUGCCGGUUUCCCCUGGAGAGGGGGAAGUCAAUGGCGGCGGAGAUGUGGCCAAGAACGACUCCAACUCGCAGCAAUCGGUGGAUGGAAUCGAUGCGUUCGCCGCCUGCCAGAAGCCGCGUCCGGACACCAGUUCCAUGCCGGUUCGCCAGUACCUCGACCAGACGGUGGCCCCCAUUUUGCUGCACGGACUGCAGGCUUUGGCCCGGGAUCGCCCCAGUGAUCCGAUCAGCUACCUGGCCACCUAUCUGCUGAAGAACAAGAACCGCUGCGAUGAGGUCAAGACAGAAGAAAACUAGUUACCCUUGGCUUGUGCUCCCUUGUUUUAGUUUUUAUUUUUUUUUUUGUCCCUUAUCACGACGAACUGUUGCCGAUUUUAGGUUUCGCACACCAAAAAUUACUCUUGUACACAACUUAUCGCUGAUUACAACUGAAGGCCACUUACCAGCCACGAUUUCAUGGUG